AUGGUAAUACAGUACCAAAUUGAAAAUCUCUCCCUCAUCAUGUCUAGACUAAGUUUCCUAUCUGCUGCGUUCCUCAUUCACCCUCUUCUUCUUCUUCUUCUUCCUUCCUCUUGUUCUCAAACAACUUCCCUUACAGCUAAUAAAGAUAAUAUCUCUGAUUGUACCCGUUCUUGUGGAAAUAUUAACAUAAGCUAUCCAUUCCGAUUGAAAGGAGACUCUAAAGACUGUGGCAUCGAACGUUACGAGCUAUCUUGCGAGGCAAAUGGAAAUGGUCUUACUCAUCAUGCAGUACUAUACUUGUUUUCAGGAAAGUAUUAUGUACAUGAAAUCGAUUACAAUAACUUAACAAUCCGACUUGUGGAUGCUGGUGUUUUCAAGAUCAGUGACAACUACUUCUCGCACCCACACUAUUCGUUGACCAGAUUCAACUUUUCUUAUAAAUUUUUUCCAUACAUCCUUCAUAAUGAAUUAAAUCCAUCAUCGUUACCGGUGCCUAUAAUUUUCCUGAGCUGUGAAAAUCCAAUGAAUUCUUCUGCUAUCAUUGUUGAAACAGCUCCAUGCAUCAAUGGGAUCAGCAGCUAUUCUUCUUCUAAUUCUUCUUUGUCCAGUUUAAGAACCUAUUCUUAUUUCAUGGUUGGACGUAGCGGCCACAAUACGGCAGAGAGUUUGGGGAAGACCUGCCAAAUAACACUAAUGGUUACGGUGUUCCCUUCAACUGAGGACAACAUGACGUCCUGCAAAGGAAUAUAUAAUGAAAUAGCGCAUGGCUUUGAACUCUCAUGGUCUCUUGAAUGCGACAAAAACGGCACUACUAUCAAGUGCUCAUCAACAAGAGUACUCCCUUGGUACGACGAGAUCAUAAUGAAGAUAAUCGAUAAAAUAGGACCCGGGCUUGAGAAAAUAUAUGCGCUCUUCCACUUUGAACGGCGUUUCCCUAUGCAUGCAUCCGGAUUAUACCUUGGCCAGCUUCUGGGAUGUGCAGUCGCUUCCCUAGCAAUAUACCUGGCAGCCAAAUUUACAUUUGGUUUUCCCCUUGUAACUGCACUGCUAAUAUAUAAAUGGCGAAGGAGGCACUUGUCGAUGUAUGAGAAUAUAGAAGACUUUCUACGGAGUAAUAAUAACCUCAUGCCAAUAAGGUACUCUUACUCGGACAUCAAAAAGAUGGCUAGAGGUUUCAAGGACAAAUUGGGGGAAGGAGGCUAUGGCUCUGUAUACAAGGCAAAGCUCCGCAGUGGUCGCCUUGUAGCCAUCAAGAUGUUGGGUAAGUCCAAAACUAAAGGGCAAGACUUUAUUAAUGAAGUUGGUACCAUUGGAAGGAUUCGCCAUGUUAACGUGGUGCGACUUAUUGGCUUUUGUGUUGAUGGUUCAAAACGUGCUCUAGUAUAUGAUUUCAUGUCUAAUGGGUCUCUUGAGAAAUACAUUUUUUCUCAACAAGGAGAUGUGUCUUUAAGUUGCCAGAAAACAUUUGAAAUCGCACUUGGGGUGGCUCGUGGUAUUGAUUACCUCCAUCGAGGCUGUGACAUGCAAAUUUUGCACUUUGACAUCAAGCCUCACAACAUUCUUCUAGACGAGAAUUUUACUCCCAAGGUCUCUGAUUUUGGGUUAGCAAAGCUAUACCCAUUGGAUAAUAGCAUUGUAUCUUUGACUGCAGCAAGAGGAACCAUGGGAUACAUUGCUCCAGAAUUGUUCUACAAAAACAUUGGAGGUGUUUCGUACAAAGCUGAUGUGUAUAGUUUCGGAAUGCUAUUGAUGGAAAUGGCUGGUAGAAGGAAGAACCUGAAUGCGGGUAUAGAACAAUCGAGCCAAUUUAGCCAAAUCUACUUUCCCACAUGGGUUUCUGAUCAGUUGAAGGCAGGAAAGAACAUAGAAAUAGGAGAUGAUGCAACAGAUGAGGAAAAGAAGAUCAUAAAGAAGAUGAUGAUGGUGGCUUUAUGGUGCAUACAAAUGAAGCCUAUCGAACGCCCUUCAAUGAAUAAAGUAGUGGAGAUGCUUGAAGGAGAAAUUGAGAGCCUCCAAAUGCCUCCAAGGCCUUUCUUAUACCCACAACAAAUUCCUGCAGAUGAAGUUGGUGGGGACAAUCGAAGUCCCUGUGCAUCAAGUGCUUCAGAAUCUGAAGAGAUUACUUUGAUUGCGGAUGCAAAUGUAAGGGAAAUUUAGCAGCUCUACUCUGUAUUUGAUCAUAGCACAAAUAUGUUUACAUGUUGUAAUUGAUCUAAGCAAAUAAUCAGCCUCUGCCUUUGGUUAUUGUU